UUACUACAUUCAGUUUAAUAAUUUGCAAUACUUUCUACCACACAUUUAUAUUAUUACUAUUAUAUUUUAUUGAUGCUAAUAUUUUAGCUCUAUAUUUUAACUUGCCCUAUUUUGUGUUUUAUAUGUUUAAUUACACAACAUGUUGAGUGAAGAGUCUGCUCUGCGUCUCGCGGCAGUUUUUGGUGCUCAGAAAUCCCGUCAGAGUGAGAGCUCGCGACAUCUUCUCGGGCCUCCAGCUGUCUGCAUGGCGGUGAUUAUCCGAAAUGUUGCAUUAACAUCCCACGUGUUCAGCUGCUCUGUGCGGAGGUUGUUUGCAGCUGACCGGCGGUGCUUCCAGUCUGUGAGAGGAAGUGUAGCAGCCGGCAAACACUACAGUUCAUCGGUUUCACACUCGGAGACAGGGUCCACGAUGAGUAAGAAGCUGCUUUUCGAUGCAGACUGUGGGGUGGACGAUGCUCAGGCCAUCAUGUUGGCGCUGGCCGCCCCCAACGUGGAGCUCCUGGGCAUCACCUGUGUGCACGGGAACACCACCGUGGAGAAUGUGUGUAAGAACACACUGCGAGUUCUGCAAGCAUGCAAUAAACUCCAGAUUCCAGUGUUUAAAGGUGCAGCCAAGCCGAUCCUUGGGAACAGCAUCAGUGUGGGAGACUUCCACGGGGAGGACGGGCUGGGAGACGCUCCUGACCCCAACGCUCCUGGUCUGGACCUGCUUCAGAAGGAGGGCGCUGUGUCCGCCAUCAUCAGGAUUGUCAAUGAGAACCCAGGAGAGGUAUCUCUGGUUGCCACGGCCCCCCUCACUAACCUGGCUCUGGCUGUGAGGAUGGAUCCAUCUCUACCCAGUAAACUGAGAGGGCUCUACAUCAUGGGAGGCAACACCGAAUGUCAGUAAAACCAAGAACUAGUCCCUCGACCUCCUGAGACUACAGCUGAACAAUGUAUCUGCAACUAUUCUGAUAAUUGAUUAAUCAUUAAAGUCAUUUCUCAACAUU